AUGUCUCUCUUUGAUCUCUCCCUCUCCUUUGUUGAUUACAUUUUGAAGAAAACCAGGCCUCUACCAUCGUCUCUCAUUAUUCCCAAGAUUUGUUUUGUGGAGGGUGGCAUUGCCCUGGUCCAUGACUCCACUGUGGGCAAGAAUGUUCAUGCCGCCUCAUCACACCACCGAACGUUGGUCAUUGAGGAACUCAUCGAGAGUCUGUUUGUCAAAUUUGUUCACAACCAUGCUCCCGUUCCAUAUUUGGCUGCGGAUCAUCCCUUGUUUUAUGUGGCCGACUUCUUAUGCUUUACGCAACACGUGCAGUAUGAGAAAUUGGGUGGAUUGGUAUUCAUCUCUGAUUAUCAAGGGUCCGAGUUACUUUUGAGCAACCCGCAGAUCAUGACUUCUCCUGAUAUCUCCAAGGAGAGCAUGUUUGGUGGUGGAAACGUUGGUGCACUGUUCACGGCAUUCCCUGAGAAGCACAAAUGCUCCGGAUAUUGCUGUUUCUUUGGAUUGAAGCCACUCAUUUAA